UAGAAAACUUUGAAUGUUGGUGCGACUGGUCUAAAUAAAACUUUGUGAAUUUUGUAUUUUACAACAUUUCAGAACUUCAAACGAAAGGGAAACGUAAAAAACAAUUAUCAGCAGUUAUCAUUGCAAUUAUACUUCCAGGAACUAGAAAUGAAUAUCUCAUUAAAAAUGUUGGAAAGAUGGGACAAGAUUUCUGUGAAUCUGAGACAACCAAGAACAGUCACUGAAUUAAAAUUGAUCAAAGUUAGUCAGACAAUUCGAGCGAAGCCAGAUUGGAUGGAGAAGUUAAAAAAUCCAACCAUCGUGGCCAAGUGGAAGUCAGAAUGUGCCAAGCAAAAUGUAAAUGAAACCGAGUUUCAGUACAUUCUAGAUGAGCUCAGAUACUACGCUACCUUAACAGAAGGACCCAUUGAGAUCGGACCCUUAGAUGGAACGUGGCAAUCUGACGGAUUGAUUGACGAGCAACUUCUAACCGUCUUCAAGGAAUCAGUUUUUGAAUUGUUGGAAAAUGUGGACGAAUCCGAAAAAGACUACCAUCCGGGAACUGAUAAUUUAGUGGUUGAUUUAGUUCAUCCUUCGCUGUUUUGUUUCGUUCGUGGAGUAAGUAAAAUAGCAGAUGAGACCGGCAUUAAUGCAGACACUAUGAAAGAGCUGUCGGAUGUUGGAGAUGAAGUUGUCAGAAGUAGCAACUAUCGAUGGUUGCCAUCCGAUACAUCUUGUGAUGAAAACGGGGUCAUAUCAUUCGAUUCUUACAUCAACAACCUUCCUCCGGAGAAAAAUGCUGCACUUUAUACGUUAAUUGGUCGUAUCUUAUCGAAAUUCAUGCCAAUGUUCAGUCGAGUAUUGCGGGAUGCGGCACAACGACGGCAAAUUCGUAUAGUGGUUAAUGAUUGUAAUUGGUGGGAUAACGAAACCGAGUUUGAGUAUCGAGAUGACGAAAAUGACCAUGAUGAACAGGAACGGUACGAGGAAUGGAAACUGACAAGAGUUUUGAGGCUACCUGAAAUACCCAAGUUUGAACCACCAACUCUGACCGACAUCAGCGAUUUUGAUUUCAAAGGUCAAAAGUUUCAAAUUAUCGUUAAACUUGCAAACAUAGAACUUACACCCGAUAGGCCUAAGUACAAGGGUGGUGUAUGGCACACUGAGGCCACCGAAAGCGAAGCUAUAGUCGCCACUGGUAUCUACUACUAUUCAAUGGAAAACAUCACCGAAAGUUUUCUAGAAUUUCGAGAAGCUACAAGUGAUCCACCUUAUGAACUGUUGGAUGACAAAGAAGGGAUAUAUCAAGUGUUUGGAAUCGAAAACGAAGGUCACUUGAAUCAGAGACUGGGCAACAUGAUCGCACGCGAGGGACGAUGUGUUGUGUUUCCAAACCUUUAUCAACAUAAAGUUGCGCCGUUCGAAUUGGUCGAAACGACGCGAGAGGGGCAUUGCAAAAUUUUAGUGUUCUUUUUGAUUGAUCCGAAGAAACGGAUUAUUUCGACCAGAAACGUCGCUCCACAGAAUCCUGUUUGGGAUGAUAUGCCUGCCGAACGUGUUACUAUGACAUUAGAGGAGGCUAAGAAAUAUCGCGAGGAAUUAAUGUCAGAGAGAAAAUGUUAUCGAAAUGAGUUGGACGAGGAAUUGUACGAAAGAGAGUUUUUUUUAGGUGAGCGUGAGAUCACGAAAAACUGUUGUUCUAUUUCAAAUAAAAAAUAUUCCACUUACCCAUAG